CAUCAAUCAUGUCGCCUUACAAUGUCCCGGAUCCGCCACCAGGAGUGCCUCCAGGCUUCGAUCUAGACAAUUAUGUUACAAAACUGAAUCCUGCAACGAACCAAUUCGACAUACACCCUCGCGUACACGGCAAGUACUCGCAGCAGGAACUUACCGCAGUAGACCCAAUCGCUGGAAAUAGGGAUCUCAAAGUUGGCCCACCUAGUCGAGCUCCAGAUUGGCAUCCCAUCGUAGAGCAAUGGGGACUUCAAGUGAUGGGAGCGGCUGGCUUUAUCGACAGCACAGCUUACCGUACACCGGGACAGGGACAGAGGCAGAUGCCUGAAGGUCGCCUUACUUCUACCCUGGGUCAUGGUCCAAUCCACCCCCUGCUCAGAGAAGACAUGUGGCACGGACUUCGGGCUGGCGAAUACGCCCUCAUGGAACCUGCGAUACGUCUGGCUUCCGCUAUCCUGGACGAUCCAGAAACUCUGCGCUUCUUUGCUGGAAUCACGGUUCCCAGCGACCAGAUGCCAUAUGUGCACCUUCCACAUAUCGGGAAGUGUCCCAUAUACGGGCCUGGCCAACCACUCGACGCGGCUGCACUGGCAGACAUAUANCAAAAAGUCAUGGAUAUGCGUGCAUACAUGGCGUGGGAAAUGCGGGAUAUGAAUAUUAUCAUAGGCAAUCACAGCGCUUUUGGCCUUACGAAGCUGUGGGUGGAGAGUGAUGGCAAAGUUGCUCGAGGUGCGAGAGGAGUUGGUGUCAUCCAAAUGAGCCGAGGAUACACUGACAUUAUGCGAAUGUACUCCAACACUGAUCCGACACUAACUGAACUCGGAAGGUUCAUCAACGACACACAAUGGCUUGCAUCGAUACCUAUAGAAGACAACAUUCUCAUCUGUGAAGAAUCAGCAAUUGCACGCAGUACAGUUCUCUUUGUAGACACCUUGAUCCAUGAACUCACGCAUGCAAUCUGCGGUGUCUACUUCGACGUAACCCUAAUGGCAAUACCGGGAAUGCCACAACACAGCCACGUCUACGAGCCCUUCUUCGCGGGCGACCGCUGCAACGAGACCGGACACGCUAUCUCGUCCUAUAUCUUCCUCGGCAACCCCAACCACUCGUCCCUAUGGCUACAACAGCACAUUGGCCCGCUAGGACUUCACUGGGCUGACAAGUGGGACAAAUGGAAAAUCGACCCAGGUGCUUUCCCCACUGGCAAAACAAGAGCUGUGAACGAUGUAGACUAUAACGUUCUGCAACGUUACACCCCUGUGCCUCAAUCGCAUGUCAACAAGAGGUUGUCUACGCAGUUGUGGCAGGACGAGAUAUAUCGUUUUGGUCUUGAUGCUCUUCGAACGCCUCGGUUGGACAAUUGGUCGGUGGGAUGGACACCUAGNGGAAAUGAGAAGGGCUGCUGGGGUACGGGACGUGAUAGGUGGAAUGAUGGGCCGGCUCCUGCUCCUCCCUCUUCCAGUACGGAUAGUGAUGCGGGAGGAGUUCCAUUG